AGGGUUACUAAUUUGGGAAUUUUACUGUCCAAAACGAAUCAAAAAAAAAAUCUAAGCUUUUUGUUCCUUUUGCGGCUUUUCGUCGUCUUCCUUGCACUAUCUUCCUUCUGUAGCAUCAAUUCGUUUCCAAGGUUACGUAGUAGAAUUUACGCGAGAGAGCGAGAGAUCAAAAACCAUAACCAUCUUAAGUUACAAUGAGCUCGUAUGAUCGUAGAUUUGCUGAUCCAAAUUCGUAUCGCCAACGCUCUGGCGCCCCAGUUGGUUCGUCUCAGCCGAUGGAUCCUUCCGCCGCACCAUACAACCCACGGUACACUGGUGGUGGUGGAGGAUAUGGACCAUCUCCGGUAAUGGCCGGUGAUAAUUCCGGCUAUAAUCGGUACCCAUCUUUCCAGCCACCUAGUGGCGGUUUCUCUGUUGGCCGCGGUGGUGGAAGAGGUGGAUAUGGUCAAUACGGCGAUAGAAACGGCGGAGGGAAUUGGGGAGGAGGAGGAGGACGUGGCGGAUCGAGUAAAAGAGAGCUAGAUAGUGUUUCUCUUCCGAAGCAGAAUUUUGGGAAUCUUGUACAUUUUGAGAAGAAUUUCUAUGUGGAGAGUCCCACUGUGCAAGCUAUGACAGAGCAGGAUGUUGCAAUGUACAGAACCGAGAGGGAUAUAUCCGUUGAAGGUCGUGAUGUUCCUAAGCCGAUGAAGAUGUUCCAAGAUGCUAACUUUCCAGAUAACAUUCUUGAAGCAAUUGCUAAAUUGGGAUUUACUGAGCCAACACCUAUACAAGCUCAGGGAUGGCCGAUGGCGUUGAAGGGUAGGGAUUUGAUUGGUAUUGCUGAGACUGGCUCUGGUAAGACAUUGGCUUACUUGUUACCAGCAUUGGUUCACGUUAGUGCACAACCUCGAUUAGGUCAGGAUGAUGGCCCCAUUGUGUUAAUAUUAGCUCCCACAAGAGAACUAGCUGUUCAGAUUCAAGAGGAAUCAAGGAAAUUCGGGUUGAGGUCUGGUGUUAGAAGUACUUGUAUCUAUGGUGGUGCUCCUAAAGGACCUCAGAUUCGUGAUCUUAGAAGAGGUGUUGAGAUUGUAAUUGCUACACCUGGUCGUUUGAUUGAUAUGUUGGAAUGUCAACACACUAAUUUGAAGAGAGUGACUUACCUUGUACUGGAUGAGGCUGACAGAAUGUUAGACAUGGGAUUUGAACCCCAAAUUAGAAAGAUUGUAUCUCAGAUCCGACCUGAUAGACAAACACUUCUUUGGAGUGCAACAUGGCCACGAGAGGUUGAAACUCUUGCCAGGCAGUUUCUACGAGAUCCAUAUAAGGCCAUUAUUGGAUCAACAGAUCUAAAAGCUAACCAGUCUAUUAACCAAGUAAUCGAGAUUGUACCGACGCCAGAGAAAUACAACAGGCUCCUUACACUACUUAAACAGUUAAUGGAUGGGAGUAAAAUCCUAAUUUUUGUGGAGACAAAGAGAGGGUGUGAUCAAGUGACUAGACAAUUGAGAAUGGACGGAUGGCCAGCUCUUGCCAUACAUGGUGACAAGACCCAAUCGGAAAGAGACCGAGUCUUGGCAGAAUUUAAGAGUGGACGAAGCCCGAUAAUGACUGCCACUGAUGUAGCAGCAAGGGGACUUGGUAGGAUUAACUGUGAUACACAAUAGGAGAGAUUAUACUUAGAGCAUUUCGUUUUCUUGGGGUUUUAAAGAUAAUAAAAAAAGUCGCCUGGCUGCCGCUUUCCACAGUUUCCUCUGGUAUUAGGGAAAAAAGCACAUAGAAAGAAAAAAGGAGCUUCUUUGAAGAAUUUGUUUCCUGCAUCCAUCUCCCGGGCAUGGAGCUGAUUGGUUUUUGAGCAGCCUGGGCGACUGACACCUGCAUGCAUUAAUAGUGUUAUAACGCCGUCCCAAACACUCCUUAUCCCUGCAAGUUAAGGUGGGCACAUUUACUUGGGAAAAAUGUGUUGCUCUUAGUUUCUUGAUCUUUCCAGAUCUGCAGUUGUAGGGAUAAGGGGUUCUUGUUCUCUAUCCUCUCCUUAGCUAGGCUUUAAACACCAAACUCAUUUACACAAAGAAAUUUCUGUUCUUCUUCCUGCAUUUCAUCUCAGUCUAUGAUUUACUUCUCAACUGUGUUCCUUCUUUCUUCUUUUGUUUUGUUUUACAGAUGUGAAGGACAUUAAAUGUGUGGUUAAUUAUGAUUUCCCAAAUACAUUGGAGGAUUACAUCCAUAGGAUUGGUCGAACCGGGCGUGCAGGAGCUAAAGGAAUGGCCUUUACAUUCUUCACACAUGACAAUGCUAAGUUUGCGAGAGAGCUUGUCAAGAUCCUUCAAGAAGCUGGUCAAGUUGUACCUCCUACUCUCUCCGCACUAGUCCGAUCAUCUGGUUCUGGUUAUGGAGGUUCAGGUGGUGGAAGAAACUUCAGGCCAAGAGGAGGAGGACGUGGUGGUGGGUUUGGAGAUAAACGGUCAAGAUCGACUUCAAACUUUGUACCUCACGGUGGAAAGAGGACUUGGUAAAGAGAAUCCCAUCAUUUUGAUUCUAUGAGAAAACCUUUAAUUAUGAUGAUGAUGAUCAGCGUUUGGUUUCGACUAGAAGUUCUUUGUCGUAGAGAACAAACAUUUACUAUAUAACUAUUUAGCUGAUUUCGCUGCUUCUUCUUCUUCUUCUUCAUGAUAUUUCUAAACAUUUUGCCUUUUUCUUAAUUCUAUCAACUAAAUACACUUUACUACUUUACUCUCAAG